AUGGAACGAAUUCACAGGGAAACUAUUGAUGAUCAAAACAUCCACUGGAUUGAGCCUUUGGUUUCUUUUGAACAAAGUAAUAUGGAAAAUUCUCAACUUGAUUUUCCAAUCAUUCCUAAGGCUUUUUUGUUUCGUUUCUUUGAGAAGAUUGAGAACGCUCCACUCUCUGACUAUGAUGUUAAUCAUAUGCUCUUCUCUUUCUAUCUUAAAUAUGCCAAGCCUCAAUUCAAGGCAUGGAAUUUACAGAAGAUUGUUGCUUUGAAGGUUUAUGCACGUAUUCCGACUGAAGACUUCAUAAACAUUAGGUUUAAAGGAUUCCCAGGAGCAAGUCGUACCAAAGAUGAAUUCAAUCUGGUAGAUUCACCAUGCAUGAUUCCAUAUGACUGGAUUACACUAUUCUUGAUUGUGUCUAAAGAUGAAAAGACUUAUGAGCCAAUUGUUUCACACCUGAAGAGGAUGCUUAUUUGCUAUAUUCAUGAACCUGCUAAAAUGGAUGUAGAAAUAGGAUAUAUUCUGAAGAAAAGGCCGAUUCUGAAGCAUCAAGAAGAACUGGAGGACCUCCAUAAGCUCAAGCUAGGUAAAAUCAGAAAGGAAAAUUAG